AUGGACAAGUUGAGCAAAGACCGGAACCGGAGUGCUGUGGCUGCCUGGGCGCUGUGGGAGAGGCGCACGGUGACAGCAGCAGCCAGGGAGAGCGCGGCGGAGCUGGAUUCAGCCAGGAGCGAAAAUGUGAAGGUGGAAACCCGACUGAGCAGCAUUGGGUUGCAACUGACGCCUGUUUCUGUGCUCUUAACCCUCUGGUACCGAGGCUCGCCUGCGUUGCCAGUUCCCGUGCCCUGCGUGCCGGAGUGGUGUCGCACCGCCACGCUCCCUGAGGAAAUGUCUUAUCACCAAGGCUCUGCGGCAAGUGAGCGAACUUCUGGACUAAUCCGGUGCCAGCGUUGUCGGGAAGUAUGCAAAGGAGAGGUGGUCCGAGUACAAGAAACCCACUUCCACGUAAAGUGUUUCACCUGCACCGUGUGUAACUGUGAUCUGGCACGAUCUGGCUUCUUCCAGAAGAAGGGCGAGUACAUCUGCACGGCAGACUAUCAGCGUCUGUACGGCACACGCUGCGACCGCUGUGACAGCUUCAUCACGGGAGAGGUGGUCUCCGCUCUGGGACGCACGUACCACCCCAAGUGCUUUGUCUGCAGUGUCUGCAGUAAACCCUUCCCCAUCGGAGACAGAGUGACGUUCAGCGGAAAGGACUGCGUGUGCCAGCAGUGCACUCGCACACUCGUCAAGCCAAAUGAACCGAUCAAGAUCCACGGGCCCAGCCACUGCGCUGGGUGUAGAGCCGAGAUCAAGCAGGGUCAGUCCCUCCUGGCUUUGGAGAAACAGUGGCACGUCAGCUGCUUCAGAUGUCGGACCUGCAACAUGAUCCUCACGGGAGAGUACAUCAGCAAGGAUGGAGUGCCGUACUGUGAGGCCGAUUACCACGCCCAGUACGGGGUGAAAUGUGAGACCUGCAGCCGAUACAUCAGUGGAAGGGUUCUGGAGGCGGGAGGGAAGCACUACCAUCCGGCCUGCGCUCGAUGCUCCCGCUGUAACAUGACGUUCAAAGAGGGAGAGGAAAUGUACCUGACAGGAUGUGAGGUGUGGCACCCAUUAUGCAAGCAGGCAGCGAGGGCAGAGAGGAGACUCAGGCAUAGACGUCUGUCGGAGGCCUCCAUCUCUCCACCGGGCUCCUCCAUAGGCUCUCCCAGUAGGGUUAUAUGUGCCAGAGUGAAGAAUCAGUUCCUAGAUUAUAAGGACCUAGCUGCCCUGCCAAAGGUCAAGGCCAUAUACGAGGUCCAACAGCCAGACCUCAUAUCCUCCUCAUACCAGCCGUACCACAGAUACACCUCUGAUGACAGGCUAGAAACUUACAGCUAUGGGGAGUCACUUGGGACACUCUCUCCCUAUUCUCAGGACUACGACAGCCUGGAUAUAAAGCAGAGGCGGUGCUCCAGUCCAGGUUAUAUUGACUCGCCAACAUACAGUCGCCAAGGCACGUCACCCAUCAUGCCUCGCUCUCCGCAGCACUAUGCCUACCCUGGCUCUGAGAGUGGCAGGAGUUCACCUUAUUACGGCCAAGAGGGGCGGUCAAGCACACCCACCACAAACCAGCCCCCUAAACAUUUUCAUGUACCAGCCACAGGGGACCCCAACAUCUACAAGAAGCCUCCCAUCUAUACGAGAACGGGCAAUCAUGUGAACGCAGCCACCAAAAGCAGGACCAGCGAGGACAUCCUCAGAUCCUCCAGGCUGUCCACCUACUCUCCUGAGCCAUAUACCCAGUCCGAGUCUGACUACUCCCCUUACACCAGCUCCCCCAGGGCCUAUCGGGUGCCGAGGAGACGCUUCUCGACAGGAGGAGAUGAAGAGAGUUGGAGUCCCGGUCUUCAAAGAAUCGGGAGUGGCAUCGGGAGGUUGAUCCUAAAGGAGGAGAUGAAAGCCAGAUCUGGUUCCUAUGACAACGACCCCUGGGGCAGUGCAAGGAAUUCUCGUAGUGGGAGCAAGGAAACACUCAACACUACAGGCUACGGCACCACGGCGUACAACAACACCGUCAACGGAUCUCCAAGAUCUCAGUACAGCGCUGAUAGCGAUUUUGUUUGUAAGUCCGCCUCGCUACCAGGAUACGGACGCAACGGCAUCCAGAGGCCUCAGAGUGCUGAUUGCUACCAGUACCCGUAUGAUAGUGGCAGUGAGGUCAAUUGGGGAAGCAGAGAAUACACGAUUUACCCCUAUGAGGCGCUUAUUGUCACCACUAGGGGUCGCAACAGGUUGCCCAAAGAUGCAGACAGAGCCAGACUGGAGCGUCACUUGUCCCCAGAGGAGUUCCUGCAAGUGUUUGGCAUGACUGUGGAGGAUUUUGACCGGCUGGCUCUGUGGAAGAGAAAUGACCUCAAGAAGCAGGCCCGACUGUUUUAAUAACUUAUGGACGUCCGUUGAAUACGGUCAUAACCGGAGCGAGAGACUGGCCGGCCUGCAGGAGGUGAAGAAAGAGAUGUUGAGACUUCUGCUCAGUUUCACUGCCAUGGCUGAGAACCUGUUCGAGAUCUCCUCAUAAGACGAACCAAAUUCUGGUCCCACCAGAGAUACAGAGGGAAGGUCACAGAGACGUUAUGCACAGAUGGACGGAUCAACUGUGGCUGUCAGUGCAACUGUGGCAGUUUGCUGCAGUGAUGUGUAAGCAAUAGAGAGUGUAGUACAUUAGUGAUGUGCUUUUCUUAAGGCAUCAUGUGGGGAUGUCCGUGACCAGAGCUGCAGCACUAAAACAUAAAGAGGAGAAUUUUGGCUUUGCCUUAUUUGUUAUGGUCUCUUAGUUAUGAGUGUGCAGCACCAGCAAUCUGAAUGAGUAGAAUGUAGAUACUGUAUAUCAUUUAUGACACUUUAUCAGUGUGAAUGAUUAGAUGAGAAAAAUGAGAGUGAGCAUCCAGCAUCACUUUGCUUUGGUUUAUAAGGAUGCAUUUUGUUUACCUGUUCCCUGUUUUUGCUCUGUCACCUGAAAUACCGUCUCUCUCUGGUUUACAUUUUACUCAUACAGAACAAAACAUGUAACAAUGGGAGGUGGACUCAACUUUUUGUGAGAAUGCAGAUAUACAGAUUAGCAGAUCCCUUCCAUAAUGUUCUGGUUAAAUAGUUAAAGGUCACCAAUAGAUGCAGUUCACUGUGCAGCUGUAUCAUAAACCUAAAAGGAUGUGCAAUUCAGUAGAUUAAGUAGAUAACGUAAACACAGAUGCAGUCCUCCUGCUCCAUGUGUUCCAGCUCAUCGCAAUAGAACGAUGACUAAAUGUUUUAGGAUGAGGACUCGUCAUCCGUACAUUUAAACUCACAGUUAUUGAUUCUCUUUUAGAAUGAUAAUCCAAUAAUUUUGUAGUUUCAGAGAUUAUAUUCACUCACAAUGAAACACACUGCAAGGUAUUAACAUAUACUGACAAAGAUCCAGGGUUGUCGAAGACUUUACUUCCUUUGA